AUAACUUUGGAAAGGUCAUCAAGAGAAUCUUCAAGGUGUUGGCAAGGUGAGUCCAUGUUCUGGUACUUGAUUCGGAGGCAGACCGUGAUGGGUCGUCGCGUACUUCAAACUGACCAGGAGUGUCGAAUUGAUUGGUGAUCGUAUUUUCACUAGCAGCAGGAAUGACAUGGCUCGGAGGAGUAGAAUGAGCAUUUGGGACGAAUCAGGGGUAGACGUGGCGGCAAUGACGAAAAACGGAGUCGCCGACGAUUACUGUCUCACUGUUCCAUCCAACACCAAUGUGUAUGAUAGACCCAGAAUCACGAUGCGUCCAAGUCGUUUGCUCAUGGAAGCGAACUAAACUUCACAGACGAAUCACAUUCGCCGUUCCUCUACUGCCCUUCGUCGACGGGCGCUGUCCUUCCCGUCAGAGAGAACCGAUGACCCCCGAUACUCAAGCAGUUUUCAUUGCAGAGAUGCUACUCAAUAUUGCUCGCGGGUCAUUGGGCGGUUUCUAUAUCCCUUCAGACGAGUCGGAACCGCUCGAUGACAGUAUCUUUCGAUUCACCUUUCACGGUCAACACCCUGAAAAUGUUCAGAAACCUGGGCCUCGGUUGUCGCAAGAGGAACUCUCGAUGCCGCUGACUCGAUUUUUAGGCCAAGUAUUAUGGAUCAAGGUCAAAGGGGGCUUGGCGCCUACUGCGAAUAUAACCAAUCUUCGUAUGCAAUCGACCAUUGAGGAUAAAAGUAACCACCCUAGCAAUUGGGUUGCUUAUAUUGAGCGACAUUAUCCAAAGGAGAUGACUCGCUGCCCCUUCACCGCCUGCCUGUCGCCAAUAACCUGCCACAUCAUUGAAUGCGGGCUGAACAACGAAGCAUUCGAAUUACUAAUGCAACUCUCAUCGGCUAUCUACGACAUCUACCGCCCUGGGUUGCAAAUUUGGGAUUACUCUGGCGAGCCUGGUUUUUUAGAUAUCCGGUAUCCUAUAGUGGAGGGAAAUGCUUAUGCGAUGGUUUCGCUGCCUGCGGUGGAAACACACACGAAUGGGAUGUCCCUGGAAAGGCAGUUCCACGAGACCUAUAGAAGAUAUUGGUGGCUAAUCUAUCGAGGAGAAGCCUUUUGGACUAUGAAAAACCGUGCCCUCUAUUCGAGACGUAUGGCUGGGACCCACAGAUGCUUCCGGCCGAACGCGACGACUACAAAAAUGAACGAAGCCCUCGAAAAACUAGAGGCAACAAUACACAAGCCCAACUUCAAGAUCUGCGAACGAUCAUCUCCUUCACCCAUCGUUUCGGCACUUUUAGGUAUCAUUACAUCAUACUAGAUGUGGUGGGUAUGCCGCCGCCGAAAAAGAGAAAGCCAAGGCAACAGGACGGGAGCAGGAAGCGUGCACGUUCAGAUGGGCAGGAUGAUGAUAGUGAAUGCGACGAAGAUACUGAUACUGAUGACGAUACGGGUUCGGAAAGCGACGAUGACAUUCUCUUUGCUCAUAAGCUAGAGGCGGUGGACACUGAGGCG